AUGGCGAUGAAGAUCAUCAAGAAUCAUGUAAGGUCAAUAAGCUUACCUUCAAGAUCUCAUCCUAGCACAGCAGCGAUCGAGGAAUCGCUCGACAAACUUCUUAUCACUAGGAACACGAAGACAAUGACGUCAUCCGAAUCGGUUAACUCCGGUUUAGUGGAGUUAGGGAAUCUGUACGAGUGUACGGAGGAGUUUCUAAAGAUGGAUUCAACGCGAAAUGUGUUGUCGUUUAAUGAUGAGAGGAAGAAUAUGAAGAGAGAGUUUAUGGACGAAAUGCUAGAUGGGUCGUUGAGGCUAAUGGAUAUAUGCAACGUCUCGAGGGAUCUCAUGGUUGAGACUCAUGAGAACGUUCUUGGUCUACAAUCUUGUGUUAGGAGAAGGAAAGAUAUCGUCGAUUUCUGGGGAUAUGUCGGGUUUAGGAAGAACAUGAGGAAAGAAGUGAAGAAGCUUCUUGGAUCCUUGAAGAACGUUAAUGUAGGGCUAGUGAUGAGAGAUCAUGAUCGAGAUCGAGACGGUAAUAAUCAUUUCUUGGCCGUGAUUCACGCUAUGAGACGCGUUGUUUCGAUGACCGUUUCAGUCUUGAAGUUGUUCUUGGAGUUCUUGUCGGGCAGACAAAACGGGAACGACAUAAGGAGCAAGUUGGGUUUGGUCCUUAUCAUGAACAAGAAGUCUCAUAAUUACGAUAAGAUUGUCAAGAACGAGUUAGAGAGUGUAGAUUCAGCGAUUUCUGGAGAUUCUUGCUCUCAUGAAGAUCUUCAGAAGAAGCUUGAGGACCUCGAGGUAUCGAUUGAAAGGUUUGAGAAAAGUCUAGAAGAAUUGUUUCGAGGGUUGAUUAAAACACGGGCAUCGCUUCUUAACAUAAUUUCUCAAUAG